UUGCCCAGUUAGGACCCACAUAAGACUCUUACAGAUCCCAUUUAAAGCCCAUCUGUGUAGCCAUGUUGCAAAGCCCACUUUGGACCCCUUUGGGCAGGUGGGGCCCAAAUGGGUCUGACAUGAAUUGCCCAAUUAAGACCCAUGCAGUACCCUUACAGGUCCCACUUUUAGUACGUCUGGGCUUCCACGGCUUGCCCCAAUGUGGAUCCCGGGUGCAAGCCCAUAAUGGGGCCCACAUUUGCUGCCCAUGAAGCCCUCAUCUGGGCCCCACAUGUCAUUGCUGGCUGGGUAUUUAUGAUCUCUGAUGGGUUCUUAGUAAAAGGUCCGUCUAGUCCUCUGGUUGUUCCUCUGGGAUCUUCAGUGGUUUUGCCCUGUUAUGUUGAUGAAGCCUUACCUCUGAAAGGACUGAAGGUGAUUUGGAUACGAACAGACUUGAAUACUCUAGUGCAUGUGUACCAAGAUUAUGAGAGUCGACCAGAUGCCCAGUAUCAGGAUUAUCAUCAUAGAGCUCACUUCUUCACUGACAAAAUUAAACUUGGAAACUUCUCCCUCCGUCUGGAAAACGUGAGAGCUGGAGAUAAGGGUUUCUACAGAUGUAAAGUUUACACUGAGCAGGAGUCUGAUGAAACCCUGGUUCAAAUUAAAGAAGUUGAGCAUUUGAAUGUUUCAGGAUCAGAUCAUCUCGUAUCAGCGUCUGUGGGUGAAGAUGUCACUCUGAACUGCUCUGUGGACUCUCACAUCCCACCUGAACACAUUCAACAGGUUUCCUGGAGGAAAAUGUAUGGAAACAUCUUGAUUCUGGUUUUUGAGAAGAAUAAAACUCUACCAGCAGAUGAGCGAUACAGAGACAGAGUUGAGUUCUUCACCGAUGAAAUCCCUAAAGGAAACUUCUCUCUCAGACUGAAGAGUGUCAGAACUGAGGAUAAAGGAGUUUACAUGUGUCACGCGAAUGCUGGAAAUUUUUCAGCUAAUGCAACUGCAAGACUAGAGCAACUGGGUUACUCAUUUUUACACAUAAUUGUGUUCAGUCUUUGUAUUGCUGCUUUCAUGUCUGCACUUCUGCUGUCAUUUCUAUGGUGUAAAAAAUUCCACAUAUCACAAAAGACAAGCCUGUUUCUUCAGAUCUCUGUAGUCUUUGUACCAAACCUUUUUAUGUUUUUUGCCUUCUGGUUCUGGGGUGUUAUUGAAGGGUUUCUGAGUGAGACUGUUGCUUGCUGUGCUCAUUAUAUUCUGAGGCCCCUUCUGCUGUUAUGGGCGUCUCCACAUUCAGAACAUUUCCCAGGCAAUCGCAAAACGGCUAUGCACUGCAUUGUUCAUUUACAAUAUUCCCUCUUUACAAACGUUGUUUAUACAGUCCUUUUUAAAUCCUUUUGGGAAAAGAGUCUGAGUUAUGAACAAUCUGACAGAGUCCUGAUAACAAUCCUCUUUGCAAUAAUGAUUCUGAUAUGCAUCACGAACAUUGUUUUCUUAUUGGCUGAACUGAUUAGAAAUAAAGAUGGCCGCAUGCGUGCUGUAUUAGACCUCGUGUCUGAUAUUGGCCAUGAUGUUCUGCCUCCAUUACAAGUCAUCUUCCUCUUCUACGCUUUUGGAGCUGCCCGCAGAGCACUUUUUGUUAUUGGAGUUUUUCCACUGUUCUUAACGUUGACCAGAUAUGACUGGAAGGAUGCAUGUGUGGAAAAACUGCAGUGUUUACGCUCAGUCAGGAGAGCAGCGUGGUUAAUUUUCAUGAUAGUAGUGAAUGCAAUAAUGGUCUAUUCGUACCUGAUAGCACUGAAAAAAGAAAAAGAUUGUGAAGGAUGGGUGUGCGUAGCUGCAUUUCUUCAAGGUCUCUGGGGAAUUGUGGUCCUGAAGCACUCAUUUGGUGACCUGGAUCUUCCUUUUAGAAAGGCUGUGUACCUUGUUGGAUCAGUUGUUGUUGUUCUAGUCAACUCUUUUGCAUUGAUGACCGAGCUGAUCAUGAAAAUUAGAAAUGGUGAGCGUGCGAUGAAGGAUCUUAGGAAAGUUGUCUUUUCCUCUGAAUGCAUGUUUGUCUCUUCAGUGCUGCUGUUAAUAAUUUUUGAACAUUUCAUUAAGAAAGUUCAGCAGCAUUUUCAGAAUCCAGCGAGCAGAUCGCAGCAGAAUCACUCUUCUCAGAACAAGGCCAACCCUGAUGAAACUCCACAUAACCCAUCAAACCAGAACCAGACUGCAGCACAAUCAUUUGAGUUGAGACCGAUGUUACAGACUGAAGAACAGGAGGCUGGGAGAGAUAGAGAUGGAGGAGACGCAGCCUGAUUCAGUAGACAAAUUACAACAUCUUCAGAUAAGCAGUAUGUUCUCUUGGAUAUACAGUAUGAAUGAACACUAUCAGAUGCUGAAACACAGCACUCUUGUUCAGAGGAACCACAAAUACAGCCUUAUGACUCUCUUUGGUGCUUUGUAAAACCUGUAUAUAUUUGUGUAAAUAGUUUUAUAUUUUAUUUAUGUACUUGAGUUGUUUUCUUGAUAAGUUACUGGCACAGACAGCAUAAAUAUGUCUCAUGGUUUGGGUUUUCCUGCUCUUCUCAACAAUUCUUCUGCUCUUUGAAUAUAUUACUCAUUAACUUGCAGACUAUGUUUCUGAACACUGAAUCGACUUGGUUAUUAUGAUAUGGAAAUAUGGGCACUUGUGUGUUAUUACAUCAGGUUUCCGAUGUCAGAAAUCCAAAAAUGAGCCAUUGUAGACGUUUACUUUCAGUAAAUGCUCUUUUUUUAGACUAGAGCAAAAGUUUUGAGUUGUGACAGACUUUUUAUAAUACAGUGAAAUCAAAGGGAUCUGUACUUUGUAUAUAGAGAUGAGCCAGUAUUUAUUUAUUUUUUCACAUCAUAAAUUGUAUUUUUAAAUUUGUUGCAAAUGUUAAUGGUGCGAACCUUGUUGAGUGCUUUUCCCCUAAAUAAAUGACAGCAACAGUU